CCGCCUCCCCCCGCUCCGCUCGGGAAGAUGGCGAAGAUGCUGCUUGGAACCCACCAGUGUCCAGGGAAUGGUUGGCUUGGUAACAGGCGGUGCAUCUGGUCUGGGCCAGGCCACAGUGGAGCGUCUGGUGCAGCAUGGAGCAUCUGCUGUGAUUCUGGACCUGCCUUCAUCUGAUGGCCAAGCUGUGGCAGCCAGCAUGGGGGACCGCUGUGCCUUUGCACCUGCAGAUGUGAUGUCAGAGACGGAUGUUCAGGCAGCAGUGUCCCUGGCCAGGGAGAAGUUUGGGAAGCUGGACCUGGCAGUUAAUUGUGCCGGCAUCGCUGUGGCUAUGAAAACCUAUAACAUUAGUAAGGACAGCGUUCACAGCCUGGAAGACUUCCAACGUGUCAUCAAUGUGAACAUUGCAGGAACCUUUAAUGUGAUUCGCCUUGCUGCGCGUGAGAUGAGGAAGAACGAGCCUGACGCAGAUGGACACAGGGGCUGCAUUGUCAACACGGCCAGUGUGGCAGCCUUCGAUGGACAGGUUGGGCAAGCAGCAUAUUCAGCUUCUAAAGGUGGCAUUGUAGGAAUGACCCUUCCCAUUGCCAGAGAUCUGGCAUCAUUGGGCAUCAGAGUCGUCACUAUUGCACCAGGUUUGUUCUCCACUCCUCUUCUUGCCAGUCUACCAGACAAGGUGCGGACAUUUCUGGCCCGCCAGGUGCCCUUCCCCAGUCGUCUGGGAGACCCCGCUGAGUUUGCCCACCUCGUGACAUCUCUGGCUGAGAACCCCAUGAUUAACGGAGAGAUUAUUAGACUGGACGGAGCCAUCCGCAUGCAGCCAUGAGGCCGAGCGUGUCCACGUGACUACACAGUCAGUACUUGUCUCCACAGAAAAUGGAGAAUGUUUUUAUUUCAGACUGACUGCCUCGUGUUUUUGUUGUUGAAUGCUAAUUAAGUAAAUAAUGAAGAAUCAUGAGCUGUUGGUGUGAGAGAAAGGUUAUCAAAGACUGUCUGCAUUGUUCAUAUUGAUUAAAUUUUAUUAUAAUAAACCUCAAAACUUUGAUUUA